GGGCAGCCUCGCCGGCCAUGGACCGCCGGAGCUGAGUCGCCGCCGCGGAGCCCCAAGCUCUCGCCCCUGCCCGGCCCCGCGUUCGCGGUGCCCUCGCUCCUCUUCGCCCUUCGCCCUGGAAAGGCGGGGAAAAGAGGGAGAUUAACCCGAAAAGAGAAAAAAGGGGGGUGCGCUGGGGGAGAGCCAGCAUCUCCCCUAGAGCAAUCGCCCAUCACCCCCCCACCUACCGAGCGGCAGAAAGUUCGGGGCGACUUUCACCCAUUUUGCGCCCAUUUUUACCAAGCCGUAAAAUGAAAGGACAAAAUCUGGCGCUGACUCUUGCAGCUCUGAUGGCGACCUGUGCAUUCUCAGCGGCAUCUCCCGGAGAAAAAGCCCUGCGCGCCUGAUUGCUCUGUGGCCCCAAAGCUGCAGUGUGUGGGGGGUGUGUUUGGGUGUGUGUCUGUGUGUGUACACAGACGUCCACACUCUGACUCGCGGCGGCAGGAUCAGCGCCUGGAAGCAGACGUUUCGGACACAGACCCAGAGAGGAGGAGCUGGAGAUCGGGAGGCGUGAGUCGCUGGGAGUUUGCAGAAUCCAUGGUGUGAAUGAACUGGGGGCACCUGGGCACACGGAUCACCCCCCUCUUCCUCCGCCUCAGGCCAGAAUUGAGUAGUGGGCAUUUUUUUCACCCUCUUGUGAAGAUUUUUUUUUUAUUUGUUGUAAAGUCUUUUGCACAAUCACGCCCACAUUUGGGGUUGGAAAGCCCUAAUUACCGCCGUCGCUGAUGGACGUUGGAGAGGGAGCGCCUCGCUGCGGAACAGUUGCCUGCGCGCCCUCGCCGGACCCGCGGUUUCCUGGUUGCGCCCCGGCCCGGCCCUGCCCUUGCGGGUCAGCGCGCGUCGGCGCCGCAUCGGUUCCUGGGCGCCUUACAGCGCUGCCCCAGUCGGGGGCUCAGACCCGGGCGCUGGUGUGCGCUCCGGCCCCGGUUCACUGCGCCCGCCCGACGCGCCCAGAGAACUCUGCAACCCUGAUCCCAGUGAUUCACCCCAGGCUUAACCCGGCUGCUCCGCGCGGAUUCUUCGGCUGCCCUCGGUCGAGUGCGACUUCCUCUCCUCGUCCCACCCCCUCGCCAUGAAGAAGUCGAUUGGAAUAUUAAGCCCAGGAGUUGCUUUGGGGACGGCUCGACGUGCAAUGUCUUCCAAGUUCUUUCUAAUGGCUUUGGCCAUAUUUUUCUCCUUCGCCCAGGUUGUAAUAGAAGCCAAUUCUUGGUGGUCGUUAGGUAUGAAUAACCCUGUUCAGAUGUCAGAAGUGUAUAUUAUCGGAGCGCAGCCCCUCUGCAGCCAACUCGCAGGACUUUCUCAAGGACAGAAGAAACUGUGCCACUUAUAUCAGGACCACAUGCAGUACAUCGGAGAAGGGGCGAAGACGGGCAUCAAAGAGUGCCAGUAUCAAUUCCGACACCGACGGUGGAACUGCAGCACCGUGGAUAACACCUCCGUUUUCGGCAGGGUUAUGCAGAUAGGCAGCCAUUUGAUGGUAACCCUUUGGGGGUGUCUGACUCUGCAGAACUUGGCCUGUGCUAGCCUGAGGGGUCGCACCAUCGCCCCCCCAGACCCAUGCCCGCCUUGGGGCUCCUCCAUGAUCUGCACACUCACUGUCCCCAUUUCCCUGCAGACCGUGUACAACUUGGCCGACGUGGCCUGUAAGUGCCACGGGGUGUCGGGCUCCUGUAGCCUCAAGACGUGCUGGCUGCAGCUGGCGGACUUCCGCAAGGUGGGCGAUGCCCUGAAGGAGAAGUAUGACAGUGCGGCGGCCAUGCGGCUCAACAGCCGGGGCAAACUGGUGCAGGUCAACAGCCGCUUCAACUCGCCCACCACGCAGGACCUGGUCUACAUCGACCCCAGCCCCGACUACUGCGUGCGCAACGAGAGCACAGGAUCCCUGGGCACGCAGGGCCGCCUGUGCAACAAGACGUCGGAGGGCAUGGACGGCUGUGAGCUCAUGUGCUGCGGCCGCGGCUACGACCAGUUCAAGACGGUGCAGACCGAGCGCUGCCACUGCAAGUUCCACUGGUGCUGCUACGUCAAGUGCAAAAAGUGCACGGAGAUCGUGGACCAGUUUGUGUGCAAAUAGUGGGUGCCCGCCCGUCACCCAGCCCCACUCCCAGGACCCACUUAUUUAUAGAAAGUACAGUGAUUUUUUAAAAAAAUAUUUUUAAUUUUUCCCCAAGAAUUGCAACCGGAAUCUUUUUUUUUUUUU